AUGUGCGAUGAACUCAUCCAAACUAGCCUUAAUACUCUGCGUGACGGUGUGCAACGUGCCCCGGAUGCAUCCGCAAAGAAAGAACUUCGCAUCAAGACUCGCGCACUAGAGGCAUUCCAGGCGGAGCUGGAGCACAGGCUUCUCGGACAUGUCGACCACAUGCAUGCUCUUCGCGGCCGUAUACGGCGCGAACAGGCUGAGAAGACGUCGUUGCGAGACGAAAUCAUGCGCCUCCGGGCAGAACGAGAACAAGUCGCUGUUCGCAAAGAAGCUGUCAGAUCUAAACACGAAAAAGCGAAAAGUGAGGCAUUGCACCAACUCGGUACCUCUUCAGCCAUGCACGAUAUUGAUCUCGCCGUAGAGCGUGGUCGUGGCGCCGACGACUUGUCGCCGGCGGCUGAGAAGAAAGCCAAUCUGGCAAACCUUGAGCUCCUUAUUUCCAGAAUAACCGACCAAGCGUGCACCAAGAGUGAUGUUGGCGGCACAGCUCGACAAUUGAGGGACUUCAAUGCCUUUCUCGAAAGAGCGGCAUUGGCUUUGGAAAACAGAUGA